AUGUCUUCGUUCGUUGCCGCACUGCGGCCGUUUUCACAUUCUUUAUGUAAAACCUCAACUCGAACACACAUUAUGUACAAAAAUCCGUAUAUUACACGUUUCAAAGAGCGAUCAAAAGUUUCUCCAGAUCAUUUUAAAAAGGGUACCGGACUUACUGGAUUAUUUGUUAAUGAACAUCCACAUCACUCACUUAACGUUGUGUAUGGCAGGAUUUUAAGAAUUCUGCAGUCGAUGCCAGAAUCUGCAGCUUAUAGAAAAUAUACAGAAGAAAUUGUGAAACGACGCCUCGCUUUAGUAGAACAAGAACCAGAUAUUCAAAAGCUUGAGGAAAAAAUCGGAAUGGGUCAGAUUGAAGAAGUCAUUCAACAGGCUGAGUAUGAAUUACAAGCAGCCCGAGCAAUUCUUCAAAGUAAAGCUUGGGAACCACUUGUGGAGAAGCCGCCAGAAGACCAGUGGAAGUGGCCGAUAGUUUAG